GGGUGAGGGAGGUAUAAAAAGAUUCAACUGCAAAUCCAAGACCUUAUCAUCACCUCAUGCUUGUUACCUGAAGAAAGCCAGAGGCAACUGAGGAACUCAUGUCCAGGACUGGAUGCAAUUGAUGGAAGAGUUCUUGCUUACUGGUUUGUGUAAUAGCAGAAGCUAAAUAGACAUGAAGGAGACUAUAGUGGGAAUGAGAAGUGUCAAAAGAGAAGAAAUGAAUCCUACAAAUGAUGACACAGUGUUUGGGACCAUUUUUGACUGGGACUAUCUCUUAUGGGAAGUUCGUUUGACAUUUUUAGCUGCUGGUUUUUUAAUCUACUUGGGAGUAUUCCUUCUGUCUCACUGUUUGUCUUCAUGGAGAAGUACCACUUAUCGUGCCUUAUAUGCAAAGGAGAAGGUGUUUUGGAAUAUGGCAGUCACACGUGGUGUGUUUGGACUUCAGAGUUGUGUUGCUGGUUUAUGGGCUUUGCUGAUAGAUCCUGUUUUUCAUGCUGACAAAGUCUAUUCACAGCAAAAGUGGAGUUGGUUUAACUGUUUAAUAGCAGCUGGAUUUUUCGUGCUUGAAAAUGUAGCAGUUCAUGUGUCCAACAUUAUUUUUAGAACAUUUGAUGUUUUCUUGGUAGUUCAUCAUUUGCUUGCUUUUGGUGGCUUGGCUGGUCUAGUAAUUAAUGUGAAAUCUGGACAUUAUCUGCCUUUGAUGGGAAUGUUGCUGGAGAUGAGUACUCCUGUAACGUGCAUUUCCUGGAUACUUCUGAAGGCUGGCCGUGCUAACACCUUUUUCUGGAAGGCAAACCAGUGGGUGAUGAUCCAUCUGUUUCACUGCCGCAUGAUUCUUACCUACCACAUGUGGUGGGUGUGUAUUUUCAACUGGAAUUCCGUGGUAGAAAAUCUGGGACUUCUUCACUUCAUUGUUUUAUUCUCAGGAUUAUUUGCUGUUACACUAGUACUUAACCCAUACUGGACAUACAAAAAAACUCAGCAACUCCUCAGACCAACUGACUGGAACUUUGAAAAUAAAGCAGUGGAAAAUGGGAAAUUAAAUGGUGAAACACAACAGAAGAAGAGAAUAUAGCACUGAAACAGCAGUUUCCUAGUAGGGUAACAGAUGGAAGAAUACAAUGCAAAGUCAUUCUUUGCACGUGAGCUAGAAGCUUUUGCAAGAAGCUCAUUGACUAAGUGACUCCUUGCUGGUAGCAUUCUGUAUGCAUCACAAGUAUUGAAAAGCGUUGUUUGGUUUCAUAUGUACGUACAUAUGAAGACUUCAACCCUCAUUAUGAAAUACACCAACAAUUUGUCAUGUUGGACAGUAUUUCCUAAUUUAGUAGUGACAUGCUCCCUAAUGGCAUCCUUUGACUAAUGCUUCAAAGUGACUUUACAGUUAAGUUGUYUAUUAAGCUCAGCUUGAAUCAAGUUUAGCUUGAAUCCUAUUUCACCUACAGUGGCGAUACUGAUAAUGGAAAUUAUGUUAAAUUGUUUAUUAAGAUCAGUUAUGAUCCARGUUAGGUAUGCAUGGAUACCUAGUUCCUGUGUGCCAGUGAAUCAUUCCAAGUGGCUGAACUGGUUGGUGGUAGAAUGCAGUCAUGGAUUGGGUUUGGUUGGUUUGUGGGUUUGGAGUUUUUUGWGUGUUUGUUUUUAUUUUUUUCUUUUAAGUGCACUUAAGGAACAGAAAAAUAAUUGUUUGAGUUUUUGCUGUCCAAGUUGUAGUUUCCAGGUUGCCCUUAGUAUGGGAGGAGUUCAUAUCCAUCAAAACCAUACAUGUGAGGAUCCAUGCGUUUGGCAUAUGAGUGGUUAGUAGGUAAUCAUAGCAGCCCCUUCUGGGCUUGAAAGCAAUGAAAUGUAAGUGGCAACACCAGAAUGUGACUCUGUAUCAUCUUUGGAAAAAAUGCUGCUUGAUUAGUAAAAUUAUUUUGUUUGUAUGUCCCACAUGAGGGAUCAUGCGAUUAGUUCCACUAGUGCUCCUGUAAUGGUUCCUCUUACUUUUGGGAAUACCUUUAGUUUUAGAUGGUUUCAGAAUCUGAGGUGAUUCCUCUAUGGAGGAAAGCCCAUAUAACCUCCUGUAGGAGUUCUGUUCUAAUAUUUUUAUUUAAUUUUAAGAGCAUACCAAGCAACGCUAACAAUCCUUUGCACUUUAUCUGACACAUCACAAAAAUCUUUCCUUGACCUGACAAGUAGGAUAACUCUUUAGAUAGGGGCUAAUGGGGAUGGAUACGUUUUCCCACGUAUAAUACUGGUUUGAUGGUUCCUGCAUUGAAAUGUUGGGAAGUGGAUGAAGGGRUAAAGAUCACUAUAGAAGAGAGUGACGCCUAGUGGCAGGAGAAUGCCAGGGGUAUUAGUUUUGGUGCACGGAGCUGGUGAGAUAAAAAAACUGGUUAAUUGGAACUCUGUGACGAUUGCUACACAGAUUUAUUUCCCAAAGCAAUAAAACUGGGAAAGCCCAGGCUGUGGAGGAUUUUAGGUCAAGCCAUGAAUGAGACCUUGUGGACUGAUCUGUGGUGGAGCAUAUUGUUCUAAAUGUGUGAGGAAAUCACUCUUUGCUGUAAACAGCCCCAUUUUAUUACUUCUUGGUGGGAAUGCCUUUGAUUUUUUCUGAGUGAAUGAAGUGAUCAGGUUACUGUGUUCCCUAAUUCACUGUGUGUGAGUACAGUGUUGAAUUGCUGUUCUAUGAGGGAGAGGAAACUUCUUAUUUUGGGUCACAAAUAUAUAGCCAGAUCUUUUUGAUAGUAAUGAAGUGGUAAAUAUCUGAAAUUGCCCAUUCAGAACCAGGUUGAGAGGGUCACAGCAAUUUUACACGGCAGCCCUGUCUGUUAUUCUGCUGAUAUUUAAUAGAAAAAAUCUAAAUUUGGAGCUAUCUUCUUAUUUCUAAGCUGAGCAGAAGGAAGUUGCAGUAUUUUAGCAGUGUUGCCUGUCUGGGCACCAUCCUGUUGUAAAAAGGGUUCUCAACAUCUUGAAAUUAUGUACCUGUCCUGAGGAGUUGUGUGGGGAGAGUAAUGUUAAAAGUACUUUGGAAGAAACCAGAGAGAUUAAUUCCUUGGAAACAGAACCAAAAGUAUGGUCUGAAUGCAUAUCUUGCAAAAUCCAGACAUCACUUGCAAGACUUCCAGGGAGAAAGACAGAGAAUAAGUUACUGCAUAUUAGAAUGAUGGUGUACUCUAUGUAGCUUAAAACUUGAAGGUUUGAAUUUGAUAAAACAAGGUAGUAAUUAUAAAAAUCCCAGCUACAGAAUUCUGAAGAAUCCUAACAGAAAAUGGAGGCCUCAGAAGAAGUGUGGGAUGAGUGUGCAAUUUUUACAGUGGCUGGCUAAAGAAUGUGAUAUGCUAAAAUAUAUGCUAAAAUAAAAGAAUAUGGGGGUUAUGGAGGGAAUUUGACACUGAAAAAAGGUGGAAAUUUAUGUCAUAGUACCAGACGUUUAAAGCUUAAUAUUUUGUUUUAUUAAUUUGUAUAACUUUAUUAAGUGAAUUUUAAAUAUUUUAUUAAAAUUAUGUUUUUGUAAUCAUAAUGCAGUCUUUUUAGUUUGCAUUCUAGCAUGAGUUUUUUCACAAAAAAACUGUUAGGGUUUGCGUGUCUUAACUAUAUAAUACUUUAGUGCUCAUGUUAACCUAAACAAUCAUAGAUCUGCUAGAACAAGAAAGCUAUGCAAAAAAGAAAUAACAGCACUCAUUUUAUUUCUGUUGGUUUGAGAGUACUUUACAGUUCAGUUGGAAAUACAACAUAACAACACAUACAUCCUUUCUUUUUGAUGGCCUAGCAUUGGACUUGCCAGUAGUGUUACACAGAGCCUCUUUUUUAAUACUUGAGUAUAAAAGGACCAUUUAUAAGGGCAAGUAGUGAUAGGAUAAGGAUAAUGGCUUCAAACUAAAAGAGGGGAGAUUUAGAUUAUAUUAGGAAGAAAUUGUUCCCUACAAGGAUGCUGAGACACUGGAACAGGCUGCCCAGAGAAGUUGUGGAUGCCCCACCCCUGGAAGUGUACACAAGGUGAGGUUGGAUGGGGCUUURAAUAACCUGGUGUAGUGGAAGGUGUUCCUGCCUACAGCAGGAAUUGAAAUAAAUUAUUUUUAAGGUUUCUUCCAAUCCAAACCUGUGAUUCUUCACUGCCUAUUGACUGCUCCUUUUAGGAGAAUUUUCUGAUUUAUUACUGCAGAUGAUUGGCACAUUGCUUUGAAACAAGUCUGRAAAAGUUCUUGAACUUAGGUUUUUGAAGUUUGAUUUCUGUUAAAACUAAAUGCUGCUCUUCAGCGAAAUGGUAGAUUAGCCAUAGUUUGUUUGUAAAUUUUGUUGAUGUGAAACUAAUCCCAGUCCUGUUAGGUCUUCUUUUACAGCCUCAUCCACAAUCCUGUUCAGAAAAAAUCAGUUAGCUUCUAGUGGCUGGGUGUGCUGCUGUGAAAACUCUUGCAUAACGAUUUUGGGUGAAUAAUUUGUUUGCCAGGGUGACUGCUGGGGACUUGGCUUUGCUUUCUUGUUGAACAGGCUUAUUGGAAGGAGUGGUGUUCAUAUAAUCUUUCUGUCUGAAGAUUUUUUUUAAAACAAAAAAAAAAAAAACAAACAACAAAACCAACCAAACCAGCAAACUGUGGUAGGGGUGAGGGUGUUCAGUUGUUUUGGUUUGUUUUCCCUUUUUUU